AUGCAGCCCAAAUCCCAUCUUUAUGAGCGGACCGCAGGUCGCGACAUAGACGCAGAUUACACCGAAUUGGAUCAUACCAGAGAAUCAUCUCGGAAAAACAGAUAUGUCCGUCAUGGAACCUUUUCUACUUAUGGGUGGGGCUUGGAACUUCUGUCGUCUUUCACGACUCUCGCUUUGUUCGCUGGAAUGGUUGCGAUAUUCUGCAGCAUGAGCAACAAACCUUACUCCGAAUGGCCCCUUUCAAUCUCUAUAAAUACAACCAUCGCCAUUCUGUCGACAGCUUGCACGGCGGCCAUGAUGCACAAUGUGAGCGCUUUUAUCGGGCAGCUGAAAUGGCUUCACUUCAAACGAUCUUCCCGGAGCGUGUAUAAUGUUGAGAGAUUCGACGAGGCCAGUCGAGGUCCGUAUGGAGCUAUCCUUCUCAUCUUCAGAGUUCCAUGGAAUCUUGCAACGUUGGGAGCUUUUAUAACGAUCCUCCGUCUAGGAUUUUCUCCACUUUCUCAGGCUGUGGUCAGCUUGGAAUCCAGGAUGGUAGAUGUCCCAAGUAACGAUUCAACCUUUGGAUAUGCACACGCAUAUGAUAGAAACAGGACAACGGGUGCUCAGUCCGAGAUACCACCGGAUACACAAAUGCAAUCUGCUAUCCUUCAAGGCCUUUAUGACAUAAGUUCCAUUCCAGUGUUUAACUGUGGUGGCGCCUGUCUCUGGAGAGACUCUUAUGUAUCCCUGGGCUUUAAGAGUACGUGUAAGAAUGUCACCAUGUCGGCGUUGGAAACAAAACAUUGUAUCAAACCAGAAGGGAGACCAGGGAUGCGGUUCGAUCGCAAUUGCAAUUUCACAACACCGGGAAACAUCACACUUACAACUCAGCAUGUACUGACCGACUCCCAAACCACUUUUCGAAUCAACGCGACACGUACUCAUCUAGACCAUCCUAAUAAUAUCACGACCUCGUUGGAUGACAUUGUUAGAAUCGCAGUUUGGAGGUCAGGAUAUGAUACCAGCUUCAACGCUACUGAUAUCAAUAUCACGGAAUGUACCGUGGGUUUCACUGCCUAUGAGUACUCGAGGGCCGAAGCGAACGGUAGCACCUUUUCUUUCAGAAAGGUUGCUGAAAUGGACCCUCGACAUACGAAUUGGUCCUGGGAGGACCCCAUGGCUCAAACCCAUCUUGUGAGCAACAAAUCCUCCAACCUACCUCCGUUCAAGAUAUCCAUCAUCGAUAUCAAGGCCCUGCAAGACUUUUUCGAGUCCACCACGUUUCAAUCAGAAUUCGUGAGCGGAAACGCAAAGAACAAUAAUCCUGGACUCAGUGCCGCCCUGGCUGGGGACGCAAAUCUCACCCGUGCUUUCGAUAACAUGGCACUGGGCAUGACCGACUAUCUCCGUUCAGGGCCAAAUAAGAAACUGGCUCAAGGAGUCAGAAGAGAAAGCGAGAUAUUUGUAUUAAUCCGAUGGUACUGGUUGAUUGGCCCUGCGGUCAUCGAGCUGGCUGCGUUGAUAUUUGCAGUCUGUACAAUAGUAGGGACUGCAAGCAAGCACGAGGUGCCGCUUUGGAAAUCAUCGGCCCUUGUACUGUUGAGUUGUCGGCAUGACAUGAACUCGGGUAUAAUUCAUGGAGAGUUUCAGGAUAUUAAAGAGUUGGAGAAGAUGGCAAAUGUAUCAAAGGCACGGCUGGAGUAG